UGCAUGCAACGGUGCAACUGCAACAACAACAGACACCCACACAGCUUCGCCGCCGGAGCCACCGCGCGCUAUAAAUCUCCCUCCCGCUCCUCCUCUCCCAACCAUCCCGGCCACAGCUAGCCUUCCUCGAUCGGUAGAGAGAUGAGAGCUACGAUGGGGAGAUCAACAUCGCCGUCCGUGCUCUUCCUGCUGUGGGCUGCUGCUGCCCAGCUGCUGCUCAUCAAUGCCGCUCUCAUGGUGCAGUCGGUUCCUUACGACUACUCGUCAAGCUCCGAGUGCUUGGCUGAGCCGCUGGAGGCUCACUACGGCGGCGGCGUGAUCGUCAACUCGGACUUCAGCGCCGGCCUCCAGGGCUGGUCGGCCUUCGGGUACGGCAGCGUCACCGAGGGCUCGUCGCCGACGGGGAACAGGUACGCCGUGGCGGCGAACCGGACGCGGCCGUACCAGAGCGUCAGCCAGAAGGUGUUCCUGCAGAACGACACGCACUACACCCUCUCAGGUCUGAAUCUGAUUGCCACCAUCUAUCUAGCUUCAGAGUUUGUGGGGACGGUCGCUCACAAAGGACUUGUGGUUGCAGCUUGGUUGCAGGUUAGCGACCGGAGCGCCGACGUGAUAGCCGUCGUGAAGACGGCCGACAACUUCAUCCACGCCGGCGGGGUCGACGCCAAGUCCGGCUGCUGGUCCAUCCUCAAGGGCGGCCUCACCGCCGCCGUCUCCGGCCCAGCUGAACUCUACUUCGAGAGCAACACGACGGCGGACAUGUGGGUGGACAACGUGUCGCUGCAGCCGUUCAGCAAGGAGGAGUGGAGCUCCCACCGGCACGCGGCCGUCAAGCAGGCCCGGAAGAGGACUGUGCGGCUCCGCGCCAGGGACGCGGCCGGCAACCCGGUGCCGGGCGCGCGGGUGCACAUCCGGCAGGUCCGGAGCGGCUUCCCGCUGGGGUCGGCGAUGAGCCACGAGAUCAUCAACAACGAGAAAUACCAGCAGUGGUUCGCCAAGCGGUUCACGGUGACCACCUUCGAGAACGAGAUGAAGUGGUACAGCACGGAGUGGACGCAGGGGCACGAGGACUACUCCGUGCCCGACGCGAUGCUCCGGUUCGCGCGCGCCCACGGCAUCGCGGUGCGCGGGCACAACGUGUUCUGGGACGACCCCAGCACGCAGCUGGGGUGGGUCAAGGCCCUGAGCUGCGACCAGCUCCGCGCCGCCACCGCCCACCGGAUGAAGUCGGUCAUGUCGCGGUACGCCGGCAAGGUGAUCGCGUGGGACGUGGUGAACGAGAACCUGCACUUCGACUACUUCGAGGACAAGUUCGGGGCGGGCGCGUCGGCGGCCUUCUACCAGAAGGCGCACGGCAUGGACGGCGGCGCGCUCAUGUCCAUGAACGACUUCAACACGCUGGAGCAGCCCGCCGACCAGAGCGGCCUCCCCAGCAAGUACCUCAGCAAGCUGUCGCAGAUCAAGGACGCCUUCCCCGGCAACGGCGUCGGCGUCCGGAUGGCCAUCGGCCUCGAGGGCCACUUCGGCGCCACGCCCAACAUCCCCUACGUCCGGGCGGCGCUCGACACCCUGUCGCAGGCCGGCGUGCCCAUCUGGCUCACGGAGAUCGACGUGAAGCCGGGGCCGGACCAGGCGCACCACCUGGAGCAGGUGCUCAGGGAGGUGUACUCGCACCCGGCCGUGCACGGCAUCGUGCUCUGGACGGCGUGGCACCCGCAGGGCUGCUACGUCAUGUGCCUCACCGACGACAACUUCAACAACCUCCCCGUCGGCGACACGGUCGACAAGCUCAUCGCCGAGUGGAAGACGAGCUCGCACGUCGGCGUGGCCGACGCCGACGGGCACUACGAUGCCGAGCUGUUCCACGGGGACUACAAUGUCACCGUCACCCACCCGGCGGCGGCGGCCAACUCCACCGUCGUGCAGAGCCUCAGCGUCCACAGGGAGUCCGACGACGAGUACACCAUACACGUCUAGUCUAAUACUGGUACUAGCAUGCAUAGGCGUCUAGCUAGCGCCCAUACGGUGAUUUCAGAUAUGCCUGCCAUUGAUUGUUGUUGAUUUAGAGCAUUGUUGUUGGGAUUU